CGUUUUUGAAUCGCCAUUUUAGAAAAGAAGAAGAGCUGUUCGGAACAAAAGCAGUAAGUUAGCUACAUACUUCAACGCUUUGUUUACGCUUAACGGUAUAUUACAUCUUUGUAUUUUAUCCAGUGAUCCUACAACGCAGAUAUGUCUCGGGACAGAUUUAACAUUAACGUUAGAGGAAAUAACCGUGGGGCUGGAUUUCAACGCCGGGGAGCUGGGCCUGGUGGUCCGAUGCGAGGUGGAAUGGGUAACCUGAAUAAUUUCAGACAAAACCAACACCCCUUUCAAAGAGGGCCUCAUCCCGGUAACUUUGGAAAACCACCCAACCAGAUACGUCCGAUAACCCCUCAGAAGCCUCUGCCACCUACUAUUUCCCAGCCAGGCGCUCAACCGAUUCGGCCACCACCUACUCCUGGCCCUGCGCUAACCAUGAAGGGCCCCGUACAGCAACAACAGCAGGCCGCGGCCGCAGCAGCAGCAGCAGCAGGACCUCCGGCGCCCACAGUAACGACUCCAGCACCGGCGGCAACACCUCCGGCGGUUGCAGUAGCACCUCCGGCGGUUGCAGCAGCAGCACCUCCGGCGGUUGCAGCAGCAGCACCUCCGAAAGCCGCCGCAGCAGCACCUCCGAAAGCCGCCGCUGCAGCAGCACCGCCGAAAGCCGCCGCUGCAGCAGCACCGCCGAAAGCCGCCGCUGCAGCAGCACCCCCGAAAGCCGCCGCUGCAGCACCUCCGAAAGCCGCAGCUACACCUCCGGCGGCCGCAGCAGCAGCGCCGUCAGGUCAACCAAAAAUGCUGUCACCACCUCCGAAGCCUGUUCCUCCGAAACCCGCAAUCUCAUCUCCCCCACCAAACCAAAUGAAGAAACCAGCAUUUUCAUCUCCCCCACCAAACCAAAUGAAGAAACCAGCAUUUUCAUCUCCCCCACCAAACCAAAUGAAUAGGAACCAGCAAAGAGCAGGACCAGGCAACGCCAAUGGAAAUGGGCAUAAAUCUGCACCCUUUAACAAAAAACCUGAACCUCAGAAUACUUCAAUGGAGGCCGAGGAAGCCCAGCACCCCAAGGAGUUGAGAGCGACGUUGUCAUCGCUGCGCAGACCUGGCGAGAAGACAUACACUCAACGAUGCCGCCUUUUCAUUGGAAAUCUUCCCAAUGAUAUCUCAGAUGACACAUUCAAGAAGCUGUUUGCGAAGUAUGGCGAGCCCAGUGAGAUUUUCAUCAACAAAAACAAAGGCUUUGGCUUCAUACGCCUGGAAUCCCGUGCAUUGGCUGAGAUAGCAAAAGCUGAACUGGAUGAUGUGCCCAUGAAAGGCAGACCGCUUCGGGUGCGCUUUGCAACUCACUCUGCUGCACUGUCUGUGAAGAACUUGUCACCUUUUGUUUCCAAUGAGCUACUGGAGGAGGCCUUCUCCCAGUUUGGAGUGGUAGAGAGAGCUGUGGUAAUUGUAGAUGAUCGCGGGCGCUCCACUGGCAAGGGCAUUGUUGAAUUUGCCUCUAAGCCUGCUGCACGAAAGGCCCUGGAUCGUUGCAACGAUGGUGUCUUCUUGCUCACCACGUCACCUCGUCCAAUUGUCGUUGAGCCUCUUGAACAAUAUGAUGAUGAGGAUGGUCUACCAGAGAAACUGGCACAGAAGAACCACAACUAUCAUAAGGAGCGGGAGGAGCCGCCCAGGUUUGCCCGUCCUGGCACGUUUGAGUUUGAGUACUCUAAGCGCUGGAAGUCCCUGGACGACAUGGAGAAGCAGCAGCGGCAGCAGGUGGAGAAGAACAUUCGCGAAGCCCGCGAGAAACUGGAGGGAGAGAUGGACGAUGCGUUCCAUGUGCACCAGGCCAACAUGAUCCGCCAAGAUCUGCUGAGGCGGGAGGAGGAACUACGGCGCAUGGAAGAGAUGCACAGUGCAGAGAUGCAGAAGAGGAAAGAGAUGCAGCUCAGGCAGGAGGAGGAGCGUCGCCUACGCGAGGAGGAGAUGCUUCGCCAGAGGGAGAUUGAGGAGCAAAUGCGCCGCAAGCGUGAGGAGGCCUACAGAAGUGGAAACUUCAUGGACAAUAGGGAUAUGAGAAUGACUCAGGGUGGUGCCAUGGGCAUGGCUGAAAAUCAAUUUGGCUCACCCAACCAGAAGUUCCCCAUGGGACACCAAGGCAUGGGUGGACCCAGCGCUGGGGGAGCCAUGAUUCCCAACGAAAUGCGAAAUGAGCGAAACUUCCCUCAGGGAGGCCGGGGGGGACUGGGUCCUAACAACCAAGGGUUUGGCAGGGUCCGUGAGGAGUUUGAUGGGCCUGCCAAGAAGCCCCGCUUUUAAAUCUGUUCAGUGUCAUUCAUAGCAGCGUUUUUGUGUAGAUUCUCUGAACAUCUUCACAUUGAGUCAUAAUUGUUGUAUUUAAGUUGAAAGUGUUCUUGCAUUUUAGCCUGAAGACUCAUUCAUUUUUAUGGCAAGUUAGGUUUUUUCUUUUUUUGAUUUUGUAUUUGGAGUAGUGUGAAAUUAAUACAUUGGUCACCCUCAGUGAUCAUAGCGCUUUCUCACCUAUGUAUAACUUUCUUUCCAGUUGUAUCAUGCUCUGUGACUCGUGUCGUAAAUGGUGAUAAAUGUCAACUUUUCUCACCUUUCUCAAUGGCUGUGUUUUGUGCCAUUUAAGAUUUGAAGUAAAAACAUGUAACUUUACAAUAAAGACUUCAGUUGGUUCUCUCCAAA